AUGACCAAAGUCUUGAUGCAAACUCGGAAUGACGAGUACAAGAGCAAUUUAAUUCUCUCCAAAGGUCUUGACUUUGUUGAAGAAGAAGAGGAGCAGAUUACACAUCAAACUUUCAAGUUUGAUCCUAAUGACCUGGGGAAUGAGGAAGAAUACACAUCUGUCAAGGCUGAGAUUCAAGGCAAAGAUUCAAAAGAGCCAUCUGGCCACUAUUCGCUUAUGUAUAAGGUUGAGGUGCACUGUGGUUGGAGCACAGCGACUCUAGAUGAGUUGAAGGGGGACCUAAUAGGGGCUAAAAAGUGCAUACCACAAGGGACUACUUUGAAGCGCAGUUCUGAGCGUCACAGCAAGAUGAUGGUGGUUAAUUUGUCAAGAGAGAAAAACAUACAUGAACUAUCUUGCAAGCAAAGCGACCAUGAGCAAAUUUCAAGGUUUCAAACCUGCACAGUCCAAGAGAAACAGAUUUUGACUCUGGCGAUCACUUGACAAUUUAAUCUUUAGCGGGUUUUGAACCCACACGGACAGAUUUAGAUUCUGUUGUAUUAACUGCU